GUCAUGAUGUCAUCUUUAGUAGCAAUAAAGCGGAACCGAGCCGAACCGAGUCCAACUGCCGCUUGAACAUUGGUCUGUUGGUGAUACUGGCUGCUCUCCUCACAUGGUUCUUCCUCUGGUGGGUGAUAAGUAGUGCGAUGUCCUUAUUUUGGUAGUCUGUAUAUGUAGACCUUCUCUCAGACUACAGUCAGACACAAGGAGCCUUCACUCAGCUCAGGUACCGCUAGAUUAACGUGUGUGGACGGGUUUAACCUGGAGACUAGUUCACACUAUUUAUUGGUUUAAAUCAUCCUAUAUAUCGGGGCUGAUGACGUCACCGGUCAGCUGACCCAGGGUGGAGGUCAUGUGAUUUCUGGUAGCAAUAAAGCCGAGCCGAGCCGAGCCGAGUCUGUCGAACUCCCGCUUCAACAUGAGUGUGUUGGUGUUACUGGCUGUUAUCGUCUCUACAGGGCUCUGCGGUCCGCUGGAGGGGAAAGAAGCCUGGAGCUACGUGGAGGUGAGGGACGGGGCCCACAUGUUCUGGUGGCUCUACUACACUGACAGCCAGUCUGCAGACUACCAGGACCUGCCUCUGGUCAUGUGGUUGCAGGGUGGACCAGGAGGAUCAGGAAGUGGCUUUGGGAACUUUGAGGAGAUUGGACCGUUGAACAGGAACCUAGAACCCAGGAAGACGAGCUGGGUGCAAGCAGCCAGUGUGUUGUUUGUAGACAACCCUGUGGGUACUGGCUUCAGCUACACUGACCGGCCAGACAGCUAUGCUACCAAUGUGGCCACGGUGGCCUCUGACAUGCUGGUGCUGCUCCAACACUUCUUUGCAGAGCGGUCAGAGUUCCAGAGCAUCCUCUUCUACAUCUUCUCUGAGUCGUAUGGAGGGAAGAUGGCAGCCGCUAUCUCCUUAGAACUCACCAAGGCCAUAGCAGAAGGGACAGUGAAAUGCAACUUUGCUGGCGUGGCUCUCGGGGACUCUUGGAUUUCCCCACUGGACUCGGUCAUGACCUGGGGACCGUACCUCUACACUACUUCGUUGCUGGAUGAUUUCGGCCUGGCGGACGUCAGCAGUGCGGCGGAGGCGGUUAAGCGAGCUGUGGAGCAGCAGCAGUUCCAGAAGGCCACAGAGCUGUGGUCCGUGUUGGAGACGGUGGUGGAGCAGAACACCAAUGGAGUGAACUUCUACAACAUCCUCACCCAGGAGCCGGAUGAGAGACGCAGCACGGUAGCCGGAGAAGACUUCAUCUCUCUGCAGACACGCCGCCAUAUUCGACCCCUCCACAGCCAAUCACUGAGCGAGCUGAUGAACGGACCAAUCAGGAAGAAGCUGGGCAUCAUCCCCCAGAAUGUCACCUGGGGAGGCCAGGCAGAGUACGUCUUCAGCUACAUGGCCGGAGACUUUAUGAGGCCUGUGGUGGACGUAGUGGACCAGCUGCUGACCGCUGGAGUCAACGUCACCAUCUACAAUGGACAGCUGGAUCUCAUAGUGGACACCAUGGGUCAGGAGCUGUGGGUGAAGAGGCUGAAUUGGGAGGGCCUACCUGGGUUUAACAAGCUGAGGUGGACCCCCCUGGAUGACCCCACCUCCCCGGGCGUUACUGGAGCUUUCUGCAAGACGUAUAAGAACUUUUCCUUCUAUUGGAUCCUCAAAGCCGGUCACAUGAUCCCCUCAGACCAGGGACCGAUGGCCUUACAGAUGAUGAGGAUGAUCACCCAGCAAGGUUGAUCCAGCGCCCAUGCUGACGCCAGCUGGGAUGGCUCUGACAAUCACAAUCAUCUAAUGACCUUUUUUUUAUAGUCCACUCUCUGCUAAACCAAAUGAAGAAUCUCCGUGCUCUCAGAUUAUAGCGAUGCUAACCUGUUCAGCUUUCAGCCACAACUGCAAUAAAGAAAUUUUUCUGUUUUGUAAA